GUUCAUUGAUACAUUUUAAUCUUUUCUUAGCUUUCUCAAAAGUUCCUUCUCGUCACCUCAGAUUUCCUUCGUCACUACGGAGUAGAUCGUCUAGACUUCUGGCUCUUUUGCUUACUAUAGCCAUGCAUCCUUCACAUUCUUUUGCCGUAACGGCUUUUUUAUUAGCUGGAAGUGUUCUCUCAGCACCUCAACAAUAUGGCGGCCAAUUCGGACAAAAGAACCAAACCACAUCCUGUACCAGUGACAUCCCAAGGCACACAACCUCUCAAGCCCCAAAGCCAACAUACAACCCUCCUGCAUCAACUCCCUCCCCAAGCACAACCUGCGCAACACCCCUCUCCCUCCCAGAUCAAUCGCUCUUCGAAUCACUCGUCCUUGCGCGGAGCUCAGUAGAGCGCAACAACCUCCUCUCCAACGACGACCUCGUCUUCUCCUUCGACACCCCCUGUCGUAACUCGCCAGAACUCGGAGUCACGGCAGGCAAAGGAGGGAAAACAGUUCGCGCAGAUCACUCAACUUUCCCAGCUCUCGUCGGCCAAGGUGGCUCCAUCACCGUCGGGUUUCUCAAUCCAUGUGGCUUCAACUUUCCUCACGUGCACCCAAGAGCCGCGGAGCUGAAUCUUGUUGUUGAAGGACGGCUAUUCGGGAGUGUUACCGCGGAGAAUGGGGCUACGCAUCGAAAUCAUACACUCAACAAGUUCGAGAUGACGGUCUUCCCUCAAGGGGCUAUUCAUACAGAGUUCAAUCCUGAUUGUACGCCUGCGGUCUUCGUGGCUGCGUUCCCGGAUGAAGAUCCCGGAGUCGGACAGAUUGCACAAAACUACUUUGGCUUGGAGGAUGAGAUUGUGCUUGCCAGCGCGGGAGGUGAUCUCAAUAUCGACGGUGCGAACAUUGAUGCUUUCAGAGGAAAGAUUCCCGCGAAUGUCGUCAUAGGUGUUGAAAGUUGCCUAAAGAAGUGUGGGAUUCAGAAGAGGGAACCAACGAACCCGGGAGCGGUAUAUUAAGUAGAGUUUCGAAUUCUUGGUGCAUGGG